GUCACCAUCCCGACCUCGUCGUUCGACAACACCGCGAACCUCGAGAAAUACUGGAACUACAACUACCCGUGGGGUGACACCCACAACGGAGCCGCGCGCAUGGUCGCCACCGCGGACCACGUCAGCGCGUCCGUGGGCGUGCUCACGCUGACCGCGCAGCCGUACUCGGGCGACUCCAAGUCGGGGAUCAAGUACCACUCGGGCACGAUCUACGCGAAGGAGCAGGUGAACGUCGACGGGUCGAGCGCGGUGGGGUACCAGGUCGAGGGCGAGUUCGUCUCGCCGACGGCCAAGGGCACCUGGCCCGCGUUCUGGCUGAACGCGGCGAGCGGCUGGCCGCCCGAGUCGGAUAUCGCGGAAUGGAAGGGCAACGCGAAGUUAUGGUUCAACACGUUCGAUACGUCCAGGCAGGUUGCGAGCAAGAUCGUAGACUGGCCGACGGACGGGAACUAUCACGCCGCGAAGGCGGUCCUGAGGACCAUCCCGGGGAAUAGUAAGGAUCUGGGCAUCUCGUAUUACUUGGACAACAAGCUCCAGGCUACGCACACCGCUGCGGGGAAAGGCUAUGAAUCUGUAAGUAGUUUAGACUGA